CGUUUUCUGCGUCCCAUAGUUUCCAACGACCAAGACUAUUGCGCGUAAAUCUUGUGCUCUUGUUCGCUUGAUUAUUUAUUAGCGUGUAAAAUAAAAUAAAGAGAGAAAGGCAGGUAAUAAAUAAAUAAACAAAUAAACAAAUAAAUAAAUAAAUAAAUAUAAAUAACGGACGAAAUAUUAUGCAAGUCUUUUAUUUUCAAUACUUAUCGAAUAUUGUGUCGAAUUUUGUGUAGAUUUUUAAUAAUCGACGUAAUGACUUAUUAUUAUUAUUAUUUAUUAUUAAAUCUAAAGGAUUCAGAGAACAGUUUUCGUAACGUUGAUCGCAAAGUUGCUCGUGCUCAGCUUGCGUGAUCUCUUGAUCAGCUGACGAUGUGAUCGGGUACUUUUAUAUACUUAGCGAUGAGACGCUACUAGACUACACAUGUGUGUGCACAACACAGGAGGAUUAAUAAAGAAUUAUUAAUAAUAAGUUUAACGUGUAUGUAUAUAAUGCAAAGUGUAAUAAACUGAAACAAUGGACGAGCCAGUUGCAACGACGGAAAAGUCCAAAAAAAUAGAGGCUAUAAGUAAAGAAACGAUCCAUCACAUUUGCUCGGGCCAGGUAGUGCUUGAUCUCGCAGUCGCUAUCAAAGAAUUGGUGGAAAACAGCUUGGAUAGUGGUGCUACGGUGAUUGACGUGAAACUCACAGAUUAUGGGAAAACUUGCAUCAGCGUCAGUGAUAAUGGUAGUGGUAUUUUAGAGCAGGAUUUUGAAGGCUUAGGUUUGAAACAUCAUACUUCGAAGUUACGAGAGUUUACGGACUUGGUGGAAGUGAACACAUUCGGAUUUCGUGGCGAGGCAUUGAGCUCGUUGUGCGCUUUGUCCGAGCUGAUUGUUGUCACUCGACAUCCGUCGAGCGAUCACGGAUUUAAAUUGGAAUUCGAUCGGAACGGUGUGCUUGUAAAGAAGACACCGUGCGCCAGAGACAAGGGUACGACCGUACAUGUAACAAACAUAUUCAAGAAUCUACCCGUGAGAGCAAAAGAGUUUCAAAAGAAUUUGAAGAAAGAGUACGCGCGCGCUAUUCAGGUUCUGUACAGCUACUGCUUAAUUUCCACCAACAUCAGAAUUACGUGUCACAAUUCGAUAUCGGGCAAAUCACCCAAUCUCGUAAUGGCCACAAGAAGCGCCAACAAUAUAUUGGACAACAUAAAUUGCGUGUUUGGAAAAAAGUCCGUUGAUAAUAUUGUUAAACUCGAGUUGCAAUAUCCGGACGAAACAGUAUUGCAGGAAUAUAAUUUGCCCAAUGACGUUACCGUGGAUUUCGACUGGGAAUGUUACGUGAGCACUUGUAAUCACACGAUCGGACGUUCCGCCCCCGAUCGACAGUUCUUGUAUGUGAACGGACGACCGUGCGAUCUCACGAAAGUCAGUAAACUGAUAAACAAUAUUUAUCAUAGAUACAACAAUAAACAAUAUCCGUUUGUUCUUCUAAAUAUCAAGUUGGAUCGACAGUGCGCCGACGUUAACGUUACUCCCGACAAGAGAACAAUAUUUUUCACGCAAGAACGUCUUAUAUUGGCAACGCUCAAACACAGUUUAACGACGAAAUGGGACAAACUGCAAGGGAACUUCACGACGAAAACUUUAACGGAAUUAAAUUUCGGUUUAAAAAGAACAAUCUCGUCUAAUUGCGCGAAUCCUCCAGCUAAAAGAUUGCAACUAUCGUCUUCCUUAUCACAAAGUGAUGAUAUUCAGACCAACAUCAGAUCGGUAAAAAAACCUGUUGACGUAGAAAUGACGAUAAGUAUAUCAGCAAUAAAAAAAAAAUUACAAGAAAAAGAGAACGUAAUUGCGGCACCUGUUAAUCGAGAAAAAAGAAUAAAAUACAGAGUGCAAAUGGAAGCCGAUCAGCAAGAGAUCGAAAAAGAAUUACAAAGAGAAUUAACGAGAGAUUCGUUUGGCAAGAUGAAGAUAAUAGGUCAGUUUAAUCUUGGUUUCAUAAUAGCUCGUUUAGAAGAUGAUCUUUUUAUCAUUGAUCAACAUGCCACGGAUGAAAAAUUUCGAUUUGAGAAGCUCAGCAACGAAACAAAGCUGAAAACUCAAAAGCUUAUCGUACCGAAGUCAAUGAACUUGUCCGCGUUGAAUGAAACAAUAAUCAUUGAUCAUCGACAAACGUUUGAAGAUAAUGGGUUUACCUUCAAUAUCAACGAGCAAGCUGAGCCCGGCAAGAAGAUAGAAUUAACAGAAAUACCUGUGAGCGGUAAUUGGCAAUUUGGUCAAGAGGAUAUAGAGGAAAUGGUGUUUCUCAUCAGGGAAGCGGGUAACGAGAUUAAGGAAAGUCACAUGUAUCGCCCGAGUCGUGUGAGACAAAUGCUGGCGUCGAGAGCGUGUCGUAGCGCGGUCAUGAUCGGCACAGCUUUGAACAUGAGCGAGAUGCAGAGACUGAUAAUGCAAAUGGCGGAAAUGCAAAAUCCAUGGAAUUGUCCCCAUGGAAGACCUACCAUAAGGCAUCUAUUGUCCUUAUUAUUAAUAAACAAAUAAAUAAUCUAAUGAUGAUUUAAUAUAUUUUAUAAAAAUAAUAUUGAAGUACAAAAUGUGAGUGGUUGCAAUAAUUGUUUGCUGUUAUCCUUACAAAAACUCAAUUUAUAAUUUAUCAAAAUUUUAAAAAUGUGUAGCACAACACAGGCGCGCGCUGAUAUACAUAUAUA